AUGUCAAGCCUAUUGAAUAAAUUAACAUUCACAUUACGUGGAGGUGGUUGUGGAUCUAUUUAGAUAAUUCCCAACACAGAUAUAGUCUUAAAGUCUGAUAUUUAAGACAUAGAAAAUUUCAUUACAAGAUUUGAUUCUUUUGUCUAAACAAUUUAUACUAAAGCAGCUGUUGCUGCUAAUUAAUUAGAAGCUUAAGAAAUAAUGAUAGCCAGAUAAUGGUUUAUUUUUGAAGAGGAAAGCAUUUACAAACUCAUAAAGAAUGCUUAAAAGGUCAUGAAAUCAUACAACUUAAUUAUAGAUGGAAUCCUAAAAUUAUUGAAAAGUUGUUUGAUUUACAUCAGAACGGAUUAAUUUAAAUGUUUAUUCAUCUUAAGGACUACAGUUUAGCAAUAUUUUGAUUUCAUCAUCUCGGAUAAAUUACUAGCUUUAAUUCAGAAAAAUGAUGAGAGAUUGGGAGUAAUAGUUAAAAUUAUAAAAAUUUUAUACAAAAAAAUUAAUAUUAUAAUUUCACAAAAGAAUAAUCCUCUUAUAAUUCAUAAUUAAAAAAAUAUAAUUCUCAAUUUCAAAGAAUAUUUCCAAAAUACAAUUAAAAUUAUUAAAAUUAAAAGGCUUAGUCUAAGGAAAUAAGAUUUAUAGUUGGUAUAACUUGAAUAGAAAAAGAUAAAUGAAUUCAAAAUUUUUUAAUAACUUAGAUAUAUAAUGAGACUAUUAGAAUCAAUAUUGUUAUAAACAAUUUAAGAUAUUAAUGAUUAGAGAAAUGAACCAGAUGAAAGCAUAAUGUUUUAGUAAGAGAUAGAGUUGAUAAAGGAGGAAUUAUAAAAUUUAGAUCUAGCAGAUAAAUAAUUUUCUUUUGCCAAUAAGUUUAAGUAAAAGCUACUUGCCUUCCCUAAUGCAACUCUUAACAAAAAUAGUUUUUUGAAAGACGCUUAAUGCAUGUUAAAACUUAUCGAAAAAACUGAAAAAUAAGUCUCAGAACUAGAAACUUUGUUACUAAAAAAGGAUAACUUAAUUCAAUACUUUUAAAGUUUAUUGAAUAACCUAAAUUUUUAUUAUGAAAAACAGAUCCAAGAACUUCAAAAAUACUUUAAUGAAUUACUUUAAAGUUUUAAGACAAUACUGAUGUUACAAUAUGAAAUAGAGUCUGUUUCUUUACCUGAAAAAUUAAUCGAAAUUAAAUAACAAUAUUGUAUAAGCUUUCAUAUUAAUUUAUACAAAAAUAAAGAUUGA